CGAGAUCAAGGAUAUAUGCGACGAGCUGAACAUCCUCAAAGCAUUGACUGAAGUGCAAGAGACUGUCUGGAGACAGGUCUUCCAAACGGAGAAUCUGGACCGCUUUGCGCUGAAUCACGCCCAGUUGCAGCAUACACCUACGGCGCGAAGACAGGAGAUCGAGGAGAUGCUUGUUGAAGCUAAGAUGACUCUUGACUCGGUACAAAACCUUCUGGACCUCAGGCAGAAACAGGCUAGUAUCCUCGAGGCCGAGUAUGCGCGGAUACAGGCCGAGGAUACGGGGAAGCAGGCGAAUACGGUGAUGGUUUUUACUAUCAUUACUAUUAUAUUUGCCCCGUUAUCAUUCCUGACCUCCCUGUUUGCGCUGAACGUCACCAACUUCCCACACGACUCCGGCAACGUUGAAUAUCAGGGAUGGUGGCUGUUUCCGGUUCUCUUUGGCUCUUCAAUUGCAUUCAUCAUACCAGCAUGCUACAUCGCCCUCAACAUCAACAACAUCAGCGAGUCGACAGACGGAGCCAAAGACCGGUGGAAGGGCUGGUGGACACGGCGCAGGAAACCAGCGCCAACAUCCACAAUCUCCUCUGAGAAGAUUGCGAGCUCGCCGCGGAUUGAAAUUGGACGGCGCCCGCGUUCCGGCUCGAGGGAUACUAAGACUGAGAUGAGUCAGUAUAUACUACCGAAAUGAGACGCAGG